AUGGAUACCGUACGUGCUGCUGUGCGUCGCGUCUCAAAGCGUCUUCUCAACAAGAAGAUCGAAGCCGAGAAAGCUUCCAAGGAGAAGCAAGAUGCAGCUGUAGCUGCUGCCAAGUACGUUGACCCCAAGAAGUUAGGGCAUGGAGCGCGUGGCACUAAUCCUACCAGGCCCCUUCCGCCUGCCCCUACGGGGCCCACUCAGUCCGAACGCCGUCAGGGCUCUUCCAAACCCGCGCAACGACGGAAGCUUCAGAAGAAGCCCCCGGGCCCUUCGAAGCCCACCCCCCAGUAUCGGACAAUGAGAGAGCUCGGGGAAUACCCAUCGACUGCGGAGUACCGAGCUGCUGGCGUGACUCCUCCUUCUGAACGGGCCCACCGCGUCGCGACCGAGCCGACCAACAUCCCGCGCGACGAAACUGAGCGCCUUUCCCCCCUUAGCGGGGUUGAGAAACUGACAGCCGAUAAGAGUCAUGUUGAGGCCUUUGAGGCGGAGGCAUUUGCCUCAAUCUCCAGCGGAGGUCAAAGCCUGGCCGACGAGCCCAUUCGCACCAUUACCACCCCGGCCGAUGCGGCCACUCCUACCCUCCCGAGCGCGGACGAUACCAACAAGUACGUCACAGCGCUAAUGUCUCUUCCUUUGCAACCUUCCGACAAAUAUGAUGUUCCUAAACUCCGGGCUCUCAUAAAGCAUUCCAUAAUCAACGCAACCGAGAAGGGCAACGAGCCGGGUGCCGUGGCUCUUCUUUACUUCUGGUCCAAUGCUGUGGAUGAUGAAUUUCAACUCUCUUUGGUCGCGAACAUCGCCAAAUGCGAUGCAGCAAAUCACCAACUGCGACUUGCGCUCCAAUCUGUCCUCAGCAAUUCUAUUAGAGAUGCCCAGGAGUGGUAUCAGAAAUACCUUCGCGCUACAUCCAAUGCAGCCGAUAUUCCCCCCCGCAGCGAAUCAAGCCUACCACCUGCCAACUCUGUUGAUGCCGAGCCCAGCUUCAAGAUCUCUGAUAUUUAUCGCGACACAAGUGGUCCCCGUGUUGAGGAAAACUUCCUGAACGGUAAAUCGAACACCGCUCCGCUCAAGAGACCCAAGAAGCCAUGCCCGGUCAACGAGAAUGCUUACAAGCGUAAGCGCAAGUUGGAUAUGGACCCUGAUCACGAGGAAAAUAUGCGAGCCGUGCGUGCUCGUCUUGAAGCAGAAUCUUACGUGGACAUCGCAGUCCGGUACAGCAACAUUCGUACUCCAAUUGGCCCACCAGACGCCAUUCAACACCCCUACAACAAGGACAACAUUGACACGGGAAUCGAGGGAGAUAUUGCAGCGAUCGAUGAAGCGCUCUAUCGUACCCGUUCCCUCCCUCCCGCAGGUCUACCUCCCCCAAGUACUCUUCCUCCCAUUCGUUCUAUCCUCGAUCUACCUCUUGUCAAGGGUCCGGAGCCCGAGGCUCCAUCUGUCUAUUCACCAUCUGCUUCGCUUAUCGGUCGCAAGACUGGAAAGCCCGUCUCACGACGCCAGAAAGGCAAGGCUAAGGCCUCUGAGAUCCCCCAGCGCGCACGGUCGCUCUCUGUUGAUACCACGGUCUCAAGUCUUUCUUCACUCUCAAAUUCUGCUUACUCGGUCCGAUUUAAUGACUGGUCUGGCGACCACGAACCACGCCAAAUGCCGAACUCUAUUGAACCUCCCGACAACAGCGAUGAUUGCCACCAAUGUGGAAAAGGUGGCGAUCUACUCUGCUGCGACACAUGCAUCAAUUCAUACCACUUCGAAUGCUUGGAUCCUCCCUUGGAUCCCAAGAAUCCUCCGCAGGGAGAGUGGCAUUGCCCAAAGUGCUCCAUUCGCAACAGUUUCUCUACCUUGAUCGCACACUCCAAACACUACAAGAAGACAGAAUUCCAACUUCCUCAGGAUAUCAAGGAACAUUUCCAGGGAGUUGAUGAAGGAAUUGUGUUCGAUAACGACUAUGCCCGAAAUUUGAAGCAUCAACGCUACUACAAGGCGGCGCCCCACCUGCCGCGGCUGACUAAAGCACCCAAGCAGGACGCUCCUAUCGUUUACGCGAAUCCCAUGCUUCUCCGAGAAUACGACAACAAGGGAGACUGCAUCCGUUGCUCCAAGUGUGGUUUUACAUCCCAAGGUACACGUCCCAUUAUUACUUGCGACUACUGUCCCUGCCGCUUCCAUCUGGAUUGUCUUGAUCCUCCCCGCGCACAUCCCCCUAACCCCAAGAUCGGGUGGAUGUGUCCUAACCAUGUUACUCCUGACGAUAUGAUUGCCACCAAGGAGAUUAAUGGCAGCAACGAGCGUACGCGCCGUGUUCGCCGAACCAAAAAUAUGGCGUCCAUUGAUUGUGACAUCAUGAUUCCUGACGACCCAAAUCAAACUCUGUUUGACGACGACUGGCGAGAGAAGAGAGCUCGUUUCCUCGGAGGCGAUGUCGUUCUGAACUUUAUCACUGCUGUCAAAGAUGAUCAUCACGAACGUGAAAAUGAGUAUGCCCGAGCUGUCGAGCGAAAGUGCUUGGAUUUGACCAAGCAACUCACCAAUGAAUACCUCAACCGUGCUGAAACCGCCGGGAUCACCAACAACAUCACACAGAACGGUCUUCCCGCCGAGUUCACCCAGAAUGUUUCUUCCGCUGUUAACACCAUGAUUGCCGGCGCUCCUGUUUCCACUCAUGAAUUUGACGCUGCCGCUGCCCUCCUUAGCAUGGCUAACACCCAGCCUCCCCUUGCUGUCGGCGAAGGUCACAUCGCCGAAGCUGCCGGGCCUACCUCGCCCGUUGAUCAGAAGACCUUGUCCCGCAUCGAUGAGGAGUCCACCUUGGGCUCAUCUCACGCUGCAAACUCCCCUCCCCCUCCCAAGGCAUCCUCCAAUGCCGAGGAUGAGGAGUCCCACCACGCGGGCUCCGAACUUCUCCCGCGGAUCCCUGUGUUCAAUCGGAACAAGCGAUCCCGCACCGAGGACCAGGGAUCCGCGGGAGAACCGGCGCAGAAGCGCCAAUACACCAAGUCCAAGUGA